GCUUCAAGCUCUUCCAUUUCCUGCUGAGACGUACGUGACUGAGGAUGCAUCAUUGACCUUGCACUUUCUCUGCUGCUGACUGAAUCUUCUCCAGAGGGUUCAUUAUCUCCACAAAAGAAUGGCUUCUAGCCCUGACAUGGAUGAGAAGAGGCCUCAGUUUGGGAAUCGCUUCCUGAAGGAUCCAAGCCAGGUUUUCCAACACAAUGCAUGGGACAACGUACAGUGGUCCGAGGAGCAGGAGGCUGCAGCUAAAAUGAAGGUUCUGGAAAACAGCAGUCAGCCAUUACCACCAGAGAAGCAAGAGGAGUAUGAAAGCAAAGCUAGCAACUUCUGGGAUGACUUCUACACCAUCCAUGAAAACAGGUUCUUCAAAGACAGACAGUGGCUAUUCACAGAGUUCCCCGAGCUGUCCCCCAGCGGUAGGAGUCAUCCAGAUUCUGCUGAAAAUCAAAGAAUGGACUUUCGGCAGGAAACGGGGAAUGUGGACAAAGUUUACCCGGGAUCCUCUGCUUCCUACCGUCUCUUGGAGGUGGGCUGUGGGGUUGGGAACACUGUCUUUCCAAUACUGCAGACAAAUAAUGACCCUGGCCUGUUUCUAUACUGCUGCGAUUUCUCUAGCACUGCUGUGGAACUUGUGAAGACGAGUCCUCAGUAUGACUCAUCUCGAUGCUUCGCCUUUGUCCACGACCUCUCGGAUGAGAAAUCAUCGUACCCCAUUCCCGAGGAAAGCUUAGAUGUCAUCAUUCUUAUCUUUGUCCUUUCGGCCAUCCUUCCAAACAAGAUGCAAGAUGCCAUUUCACGUUUAAGUAAGCUUCUGAAGCCCGGUGGCUGCAUCCUGUUGCGGGACUACGGUCGCUAUGAUAUGGCCCAGCUACGUUUUAAGAAAGGACGAUGUCUGUCUGAAAACUUCUAUGUAAGAGGAGAUGGCACAAGGGUCUAUUUCUUUACUCAAGAUGAGCUGGGGGAUAUGUUUACCAAAGCUGGUUUGGAGAAAGUUCAGAAUAUAGUGGAUCGGCGGCUGCAAGUAAAUCGAGGGAAACAGCUGACAAUGUACCGCGUUUGGAUCCAGUGUAAAUACCGCAAGCCGUGCAAUUGAAAAAUAUAGGACAAUGUGUCAUUACCCCGAUACCAACACCG